GAAGACGAAGGCAUGCUGCUGCUCCUGUGCGAGGCCUUCAAGGCGCACAACGAGCGCGUGCGCGACGCUCACCGCGACGUCCACCAGCUGAUGCUGGAGGAGGAAUGGUGCAUCGCCAUGCGCACGCGUCAUUACCUGACUACACGGUGUCUCGAUGCACCGUGUGAGUCCGCAUGGAUGACCCUCUACAUGUACGGCUCUGAUGUGAAUUUUCUGAACGUAACGCGUUUAACCAGCCUCCAUGUCUGUAGAGGGGCUUUUCAUCAGUUGCUGUCUAGGUUUGCUAGCUUCUACGACCUCCCUCCUCCGUCAUCACGAGGCCGCCCCCCAAAGUUGCGCUACCUACACCAGGUUCUGGGGCUCGUACUGAGCUUCUACGUGGGCUCUAUGGAACAGAGCUCACUGUGCAUCAUGUUCGGGGUGCCGCCGAGCACUCUAUCACGAACG